AUGGUGGAGAACACUGCUCGCACGCCCGCGAGGACGCCGUCAACGGCUAAGAAACCCGGCCAGGCACCAUCGACAGGCAAGCAGCAGAGCAUCCUUGGCUUCUUCUCCAGAGCUGCCGUUAGCAACUCCAAUGGCCCCAACUCUUCUCCGUCAGUCAGGGCAGCGCCCUCGGCCUCGACUGCGAAGGGGACGUCUCCGCAAUACUUGAAGGAGACGACCAAAUCCAACUCGAUGUCCGCCUUCAAGCGCCCAUCCAACGUCACGCCCGCCGCUAGCAGCGAUGCCGUCGAACCGUCGGGCUCGCAAGAGAACACGAACACGAACACGACCACAGUCAAGAAGCAGGUUGCCAGUGUAACGGCGUCCAUGGCCAGCAGCCCGUCCCGCAAGGUCAAGAAAGUCGUUAGCUAUGCCGAGUCGUCCGACGACGAGGGAAGUGACGCUUUUGUCACAUUGAGAACCUCGAGGACCCGACAGCGCCGCUCCCGCACCGCAGUCCCUGAUGACGACGACGAUGAAGAAGACGUCUACGAGGCCGAAGAUAAUGCCGUCGCUGAGGAUGAUGAUGAGGACAUGGGCGACUUUGUGGUCUCGGACGAAUCAGAUGCUCCUUCGCGAUCCAAGAAGAGAAAGCGCGCAAUCUCGAAGCCCACACUGCCGCGCAAGAAGUCGAAUAUGUCGCCGUCUCAUGGCCCCUCCUCUGGCACUCUAGACGAUGAGGAUGAGGCAAUGGGAGACGUUCCGUCAACAUCAACGGCGCAAAAAUGGAAGUACGACCCAGACAAUAUUGAACCAAGCGAGCCCCGGCCCAUCACCUCCCGCCCUACUCCCAAAACCACAAGUGCCAAUAAGCCAAAGCCCAAAGCACACACGCAAACCCCCGAUAAAAGAUUCCCUUGGCUUGCGAAACCUCUUGACGGGAACAAGAACCCUCCUGGCCAUCCGGAUUUCGACAAGUCCUCUAUCUAUGUCCCUCCUGCUGCGAUGGCUGACUUCUCGGCGUUCGAGAAGCAGUACUGGGAGAUCAAAAAGAACCUGUGGGACACGGUGGUUUUCUUCAAGAAGGGCAAGUUUUACGAACUCUACGAAAACGAUGCCACGAUCGGUCACCAGCUCUUUGACCUCAAGCUCACGGACCGCGUCAACAUGCGCAUGGUUGGCGUGCCAGAGAGCUCCCUGGACAUGUGGGUGAACCAGUUUGUGGCCAAGGGCUUCAAGGUUGCGCGAGUGGACCAAAUGGAAUCCGCCUUGGGCAAGGAGAUGCGAGAGCGCGAUGCCAAAGCCAAAAAGGUAGACAAGAUUAUCCGCCGAGAACUAGCCUGCAUCUUGACGGGCGGAACACUGGUGGAUGGCAGCAUGCUCCAGGACGACAUGGCCACUUUCUGCGCGGCAAUCAAGGAGUCGGUCAUCGACGACAAGCCUGCAUUUGGCAUUGCGUUUGUGGACGCAGCUACCGGACAAUUCUUCAUCUCCGAGUUCGUCGACGAUGUAGACCUCACAAAGUUUGAGACGUUUGUCGCGCAGACGUCGCCUCGGGAGCUGCUCAUAGAGAGGAAAUGCCUGUCAACCAAAGCUCUGCGCAUCCUCAAGAACAACACCAGUCCGACGACCAUCUGGAACCAUCUCAAGCCAGGGACGGAGUUCUGGGAGGCAGACCUUGCGAGGCGCGAACUUGACUGCGGCGGCUACUUCGUUUCCGACCAAGGCAAAGAGCGGCCUUGGCCAAAGCGGCUCAGCGAGGCCAGGGACAAGGACCUUGUAAUGUCUGCCCUUGGAGCGCUGACGCAAUACCUCCGCGUCCUAAAGUUGGAGCGCAAUCUGCUCUCGCAAGGCAACUUUGAGUGGUACAGCCCCAUCCAACGAAACGGCACCCUGAUCCUUGACGGCCAGACGCUCAUCAACUUGGAGAUCUUUUCGAACACGGCCAACGGGGGAUCCGAGGGUUCUCUGUUCAGCCUACUUAAUAGAUGCAUCACACCCUUUGGAAAGAGGCUCUUCCGACAAUGGGUCUGCCACCCGCUGUGCAACAUCCGAAAGAUCAACGAGAGGCUGGACGCGGUCGACAUGCUGAACGCCGACCGCAGUCUCCGGGAACAAUUCACGUCUCAGAUGACAAAGAUGCCAGAUCUUGAGAGGUUGAUUUCUCGCAUCCACGCUGGUGUUUGCAAGGCCGAAGACUUUAUCAGGGUCCUUGAGGGGUUCGAACAGAUUGGGAAGACUAUGAGCCUUCUCGGCACGUUCGGCGGAGGCAAUGGCCUCGUCGAUAGGCUCCUGGCCGCUAUGCCGGACCUUUCCGAGCCCCUGUCAUUCUGGGAGACGGCGUUCGACAGGCGCAAGGUUCGGGAGAGCAAGGUCCUAAUGCCCGAGCGUGGCAUCGAGGAAGACUUUGACAGCAGCCAGGACGAGCUGGAUCGCAUCAAGGAGGCUCUCUAUGAGCUGCUCGAGAAGCAGAAGGGAGUGCUCAAGUGCAAAACGCUCAAGUUCACCGACGUGGGCAAAGAGGUUUAUCAGAUCGAGGCGCCCAAGUCGGUCAAGGUUCCUGCAAGCUGGCGCCAGAUGUCUGCGACGGCCGCUGUCAAGCGCUACUACUUCAAGCAGCUGGAAGACCUGGUGCGGGAACUUCAAGAGGCCCAGGAAACGCAUUCGCAGAUCGUGAAGGAGGUUGCAUCGCGAUUGUUUGUCAAGUUCGACGCCGACUACGAGGUCUGGCUACAAGCCAUUCGCAUCAUCUCGCAGCUAGACUGCCUGAUCAGCCUGGCCAAGGCAUCGUCGGUCCUGGGCUCGCCCAGCUGCCGCCCCGAGUUUGUGGAUGACGAGAGGAGCGUACUCGAUUUUAGCGAGCUGCGGCACCCUUGCAUGCUCAAUACUGUGGCCGAUUUUAUUCCCAACGACAUCAAGCUCGGCGGCGACGACGCCAAGAUCAACCUCCUCACGGGUGCGAACGCCGCUGGCAAGUCAACGAUCCUGCGAAUGUCUUGCGUCGCCGUUAUUAUGGCUCAGAUUGGGUGCUACGUCCCUGCCGUGUCGGCGCGUCUGACACCAGUAGACCGCAUCAUGUCUAGGCUCGGCGCCAACGACAACAUAUUUGCAGCACAGAGCACCUUUUUCGUGGAGCUGUCCGAGACCAAGAAGAUCCUAUCGGAAGCAACGCCGCGAUCACUCGUCAUCUUGGACGAGCUGGGCCGAGGCACAUCGUCGUACGACGGCGUGGCUGUUGCGCAGGCGGUGCUCCACCAUGUGGCAUCGCACAUUGGCUGCAUGGGAUUUUUCGCAACGCACUACCACAGCCUGGCGACCGAGUUCGAGGACCAUCCCGAAAUACGGUCGCAGCGCAUGCAGAUCCACGUCGACGACAAAAACAGGCGCGUCACGUUCCUCUACAAGCUCGAGGAUGGCGUGGCCGAGGGCUCGUUUGGUAUGCACUGCGCCGCCAUGUGCGGGAUCCCGUCCAAGGUCAUUGAGCGGUCCGAGGUGGCGGCCAAGGAGUGGGAGCACACGAGUCGUCUCAAAGAGAGCCUAGAGCAGGCCAAGACAGGCUGCUAUAUCCCGCUAGGAUUGCUGAGCGACGUGGCUAGCCUGCUGAGAGAUGGCGGGGCAAGCGACGAGAUUGAUGAGCACGGCGUCCAUGUGCUAGUCCGGGCCAUUGAGGCAUUGUGA